AUGGGAGAUUAUGAGGUGCCAAUGGAAGUCAUUGAUAUUCUAUUCGGGAAACAGCUAACUUUUCCUGGUGGAGCUAAAGUGGCCGAUUUCUUCUACAAUGCCUUUCUAAAACUCUGGAACAAUUAUGAUGUUUGGGUAACUGGUCACUCGCUUGGAGCAGCAAUGGCCGGAUUAGCAGCCGGUUAUGUGGUUCAAAUGGGAUACGUGCCAAAAGAGAAGAUCAGAUUGAUCACUUAUGGAGAGCCAAGAACGGGCGAUUCACAAUAUGCUGAUUUAAUCGAUCAGAACUAUCAACAUCAUAGCACAGAGAUCUGGUAUCAAAACAACAUGACCGCUGGCUUGCCCUACAAGACUUGCGAAGGUGAUGAAGACAAGUCAUGCUCAGCCGGUAUUCCCAUCUACGAGAUUAACACCUUUGCCCACACCACCUAUUUCGACAUCGACGUCGGGAUUUUCACGAGAAGAGACUGUCAUUAUUGGAAA